CGCUUCCGAAAGUAUUUUUUAGUUUUUCUCUUCAUUUCCUCAUAUUCAGAUAUAUAUACAUAUAUACAGACAUAUAUAUAUUUCAUUUCUAUGUUGGUUGUUCGAUCGGGGAUUCACAGACGAUUCAAUUUAUCGGAGUUUCAUUCGACCUCGACAUUAGAAGGCAUAGUCGUCAAUGGCGUCGCAGAUUGUAAGACGACUCGCUAGGAGCCGGGCGUGUGGAAUUUUCUCCUCUCGAAGCCCUAGUUUUGCCGAUCGGAGUUUCUCCUCGGAUUCCAAUCUGAUCCGUGCCACUCUCUUCCCGGGAGAUGGAAUCGGGCCUGAGAUCGCUGAAUCAGUCAAACAGGUGUUCAAAGUAGCUGAUGUGCCUAUUGAAUGGGAAGAACACUUUGUGGGAAAGGAGAUAGAUCCGAGAACCCAAAGUUUUCUGACAUGGGAGAGUCUAGAAUCUGUGAGACAAAACAAAGUUGGUUUGAAGGGACCUAUGGCAACGCCAAUUGGAAAGGGUCAUCGCUCUCUCAACCUUACCUUAAGGAAAGAGCUCAAUUUAUAUGCUAAUGUCAGACCUUGUUACAGCCUUCCUGGAUACAAGACCAAAUAUGAUAAUGUAGAUCUCAUUACCAUCCGUGAAAAUACAGAAGGGGAAUACAGUGGCCUUGAGCAUCAAGUGGUGAGAGGUGUCGUUGAAAGCCUCAAGAUCAUUACACGCCAAGCAAGUCUGAGGGUUGCAGAGUAUGCUUUUCACUAUGCCCAGACGCAUGGACGAGAAAAAGUAUCGGCAAUACAUAAAGCCAAUAUCAUGCAGAAAACUGAUGGUCUUUUCCUUAAGUGCUGUCGAGAGGUGGCAGAAAAGUAUCCUGAUAUAAAAUACGAAGAAGUUGUGAUCGAUAAUUGCUGUAUGAUGCUUGUUGUGAACCCAUCAGCUUUUGAUGUUUUGGUGAUGCCCAAUCUGUAUGGUGACAUAAUAAGUGACCUUUGUGCCGGUUUGAUUGGAGGCUUGGGAUUAACUCCCAGUUGCAAUAUUGGUGAGGGAGGCAUUGCUCUUGCUGAGGCAGUACAUGGUUCUGCACCUGAUAUUGCUGGAAAGAAUUUGGCAAAUCCCACCGCCUUACUCCUGAGCUCUGUCAUGAUGCUUCACCACUUGGAACUCCAUGAAAAAGCCGACAAAAUCCAGGAUGCAGUCGUGAAUACGAUUGCAGAAGGGAAGUACAGGACAGGCGACCUUGGCGGAAAAGCAACCACAACUGAAUUCACCAACGCUAUCUGCGAUCAUCUUUGAGCGCGAUUCUGCUUAUGUACAUGUGAUUUUUGGAACAAAAAGAUUGUUUGAGAUGAUUCUUACAACACAAAACCGCGACAGAGACACACUCUCUCUCACACAAGUAACUCAUGAAGCAUAAUUCCUUCCCUCUGAUAUUUUGCUGGUUGAAGCAAAUAAGAUUAUUGUAGCUGCUCGUUAAAUUUCGGAGCAAUGCAAACUUGGCCUUCCCUUUUUCUGCUCUUAUUAGCACUAUUUGUUGUCUUUUAUUAUUUUCAGCUCAAAAGAUUAUCAAAAUGUUAGAUGAUUAUCAUCUAGAAAAUCGAAAUUUUUUCUGCA